UGGAGUGCGUGGGAGGGUACGAAGGAGUGAGUGUGUGUGUCCAUGCCUCGGUGUUUGUUUAGUGAGUUUUAGCAGCGUCAGUAGGCGGGGAGAAAUUGAGGACAGAGGACGCACGUUCAGCUGUGUUAUUAUAAAGGUCAACAAAGUCUUCAACAGUAAGGAUGGGAAUAGAGGUGUGGUUGUUGGUGGCUGGAGUAGUGAUGGCAGCUUGGGCAUACUCCCGCUGGCGCCACAGCUACUGGUCGUCUCGAGGAGUCUCAACCCCUCCUUAUCUUCCCUUCCUCGGACAUAUGCACAAGCUUUUAUCGUCUUCCCAGUCUCGAUGGCUUUAUUUCGACGAGGUGUAUCAAAAGUUUGGAGGUUCAACACUCAGUGGACUGUAUGAGCUGUUUCGUCCUGUUCUCAUGAUUGGCGAUCCUGAACUGCUCAAAAACAUCUUUGUUAAGGAUUUUGAUCAUUUUGUGGACCGUCGAAAGUUUGUAGUGGAAGAAGGAAGCAUUUCAAACAUAAUGCUGAGUAACAUGACCGGAGAUGAGUGGAAGACUCUCCGGGGGAUCAUGACUCCCACUUUCACGUCUGGCAAGAUGCGCUCCAUGUUUCCUCUGAUGUGUGAUAAGGCCGAUGCUCUUGUUUCUUUUUCUCUUAAAGAAGCAGCUAACAAACCUUUUGUUGAUAUGAAGGUAAACUUUGCAAGGUUUACUAUGGAUACUAUUGCUUCCUGUGCUUUUGGUAUUGAAUGUAAUUCUUUUAAGAGCGAGGUGCCAGAGUUUUCCAAAUAUGCUGAAAUGUUUUUUAAUUUUCCCUUUUUAAGGAUCCUAAAAAUUACUCUUUUUAACAUUUUCCCGAAGAUUGGUAAUGCCUUGGGAAUCAAAAUAGAUUCACCAGCCAUAGGUUUUUUCUCGAAUGUUGUAGAAGAGACAAUUGCAGCCAGAAAUACAGGACAAAGACGGGGUGAUUACUUGGACUUGCUCUUGGACGCUCGAGGUGGUGUUAACCAUCCCAUCAUUACUGACACAUCAACUGUCCCACACAACCAGUCCACCACUACCCAGGACCGUACUGCCCAGGAGACCAUCAUUACUGACACAUCAACUGUCCCACACAACCAGUCCACCACUACCCAGGACCGUACUGCCCAGGAGACCAUCAUUACUGACACAUCAACUGUCCCACACAACCAGUCCACCACUACCCAGGACCAAACUGCCCAGGAGACCAUCAACCACGACUCUUCUGUCACUAACGUUAACAACAUUCCCAUCGCUCAAUCAAAGCAAGUGUUGACCAACAAAAGCAUUGUGGCACAGAGUGUGUUGUUCCUUGUCGCUGGCUACGAAACCACGGCGGCUACUCUGGCCUUCUUAUCAUUCCAACUGGCCAAGCAUCCCAUACAUCAGCAGCGUCUCCGUGAGGAGAUAAAGCAGAUCAUUCACGAAUAUGGUGAUAUUACCUACCAGGGCAUCAUGGAAGCCAAACUUCUCGACGCUUGUCUCAUGGAAACUCUGAGACUCUACCCUCCGCCACCUUCGGGGAAACGCCAGUGCACCGGGAACCUACAAGUCUCUUCCACUGGUUCUCCAAUGUUUGGACUUCUGCCCACUCUUGGAGUUGCCCCAUCUAACCCUCACAUACAUCAUUACACAAAUGCAACAGACAAGUUCAGUCUCAUUCCCAUGUAUCAGAUAUCUCCAGCCGCGGAUAUGGGACGAGAGCCCAACUGA